AUGGUUUCUUUUUUGGGUCGAAUGGAGACUCGCCGUCUUCACGGCACUGACAUGAAGCGCUUGGUGCGCAUUCUACGAGAUGUCCCAACACCCGGCGAGGAGCGUUAUGAGCGCAAGCUGGCACUCUACCGGAAGUUCACCAAGUUGGAUAUCCAGGAUCUCCCUCGCCGCUUACGCUCCUCUCCUCUACUCUUCGGGACUUCUGGAAACCUCUGCUGUAUCCACAAAGGCCUAGAUGCCCAUUUAAUCAAUGACAUAUGGGCAUGGGUGAAGCACGAGUUUGAAGGCGCAACUGGCCAGUUCCUUUACCCUCUGAUCAUGUGUAAUCUUCUAACCCCAGACAAAGAGUGGAGGGUGCGUCAAAUGGAACCCGUGCUGCAAAUGUGGCGACGUGAUUUCAAACUUGAUGCUUCUGCGCCUCCUGGCCGUGAGCCCAUCUACUGUGGAGACAAGUGGCGCUAUCAGCGCGAUCAGUGUCCAGCUUGCAUAAUGGCGCGCAUUGCCUCUGAUGAGGACGUCCUCUCCGCUCUCUUUACGGGCAUGGUCGGCCGCUUGAGCACCAAGAGUCUGGCAAAUCCCAAUCCCGCUCCUGACACUCCUUACUGGGAAGAAACGAGUUCAAAGCGUGUACGCUUCGUAAAAUACUGGAUGAGGACGACCCGUGGCGGGGAGAGGGCCCUUUACGAAGCCGGUGACCUUGGUAUGAGACUAAAAUUUUUGAUGCUCGAGCGAAGGCACCAAAAGGAGUCUCUGUACCAGACGCUCUCUGGAACAACAGCGACCUCCUUUUCAGAUACAUCCUCCAAUCAUAAAAAAGGUGAGCACUCAGUUCAUAUGCAGAUCGACACAAAACUAGGUCCGAACCCUCGCCCUUUCAGCGUAGAGCAGUUCUCCCCGGCAGAAGCCCUAGGCUUCGACAUGCGCGAGAAGCACAACUACAACUCUACCCAAUCGUACCGACAAGACACGCGCUCAGCAUACCAUCAAGAUACCUACCCAGCCUCCCCUAGUAAGUCCUCAUUCUAUUCCUCCUACCACCACCAGCAUUCAAGCACGUCACUGAACCCCAGUGAUAGCAUCAGCAUGACAGCUCUCCAUCCCGCGCCCCUCCGCAUCAAAAAGCGAGACCCAACCCACGGCCACCACCGCAACCCUUCCUGCAUAAGCACAACCAGCACUAUCCUCUCCUAUAACGGCGGCCCCUCACAACACCCAUACCAACGCGACCCCUUCACCAACCCCAUUUACAACAUGUCCGAACCAGCAAAACCCCAACAGGCGGAGUUAUAUCAAGAAAAGUAUCGGAAACUCUUGGUUGCCGAUAACCCUUUUACUCAACAACCUACCACAACAUUUAAACCCGAGCAGCGCGACACUGGGCUUCCGCGGCCCAGGCAAGCGUCCAUGUAUUUUGCGUACGGGGACAGGAGGUUUAACGGCGGACGCUUUGAUGGCGUCGAUGAGGAGCCGAGGCGCGAGGAGCUUGAGAUGUGGGACAGGGAG